AUGAAUUCAUUUCGAAGAGUAGUAACCAAAACUAAAACUAGUAUCUUUUUGCAUAAGGAGAGCAUAGAUAAUGUGUUAAGAGAACAAUUGGCUGCAUUAAAAUUGUUGUAACCAAAAACUCAAGUACUUAAAAAUUAGUAAUGAAGAUCGUCGAUCAAAAACUAGAACAACGCAAAUAAGAACUCUUAUAUGAAAUGAAUUAAGCCAAUCUAUAGAAAAAUGAGGAUGUUGAUGUGGCAGGCUAUUAAAAGAUCUUGGCUGAAUUGACCUACAUUAAUAACAACAAAAGAUCAUAAAUGUAAGAAGAUAUUAAGAUCAAGAAUGAUUAGUUUAUAGUGAUUCCAGAGGUACAGCUAUAAAAUGAGAUUGAUUAAGAGAUGGAUUGUUAGUAGAUGUUAGAGUAAAGAAUUGAUUCUAUUGAGCAUUCAGUGAGGAUUAUUGAAAAACAAAAUAACUUAAUGAAAGAGUAAAUUGGAUUAUAUAUUAAAAAUGAACCUAAAAUUCAAUUUAAAGAGAUUGAAAACAAAUAGCAAUUGUCCGUAUUUACACAGUACAUUGGCACCAUAAAAAAGGCUAUGAAAUUGGAAAAGGAAUGGUAGACUUAAAAAAUAGAAAAAUUAAAAUUUAAAGCAGAAAAAUCUUAGGCAAUUGCAGACUCAAAUUUAAAAGAACUACUCGAACAUGAGGAUAGAGAGAUGUCACUAUUACUCAAAUAUGAAUAGACUAGUGAUCUCAUUAAUCAAAUAGAUGAUGAAAUUAAAACUAAAUUUCAUAAAAUUGAAGAAUGUGCUGAAUUAUUAGAAGAGUUUGAUGAUAUUGAUAAAUUAAGACUAAUAUUUGUGUUAGAAAAUCCAAAUGAUUUUGAACUUGAUGAGAUUCUGCAACAUGUUCGAAGCCAAUUAAGAUAACCAUUUUCAAGACUUCAAUUGGCUUCCUCUUUAUAAGAAUAUAUAGAUAGAGCAAGAUUCAGUGGAGUCUCAUCGAGAAUGAAGAUAUUUUUCAAAUUUCAUGAUAAUGAUUUGAAUUAUUCAAUAAACUAAUUGAUUUAAGUGUAUAGGAAAUUGCAAUUUCAAGAUGGAACCCUGAGGAAUAGAUAUGAAGAUUUAUUACUAUAAAAAGGACAACUCAUAAAUGAUUUGCUAUUUUUAAAUUAGUUGCAAUUUUAUGAGUUAGAUGAACCUGAAUCUGCACCACCAUAGAUAGAUGAAUAAUUACAUGAGAUGGCUCAAUUCUUCAAAAAUAUUUAGAUAAGACAUUUGUCAAACAACAAAUAUUUUUUUGUUAGAAUUUUUACUAUGCUUACCACGGUUCUAUCUCGAAUUUUAAACUCUUUGUACAACAUAAAAGAAAUAUUGAAAUCAUGUAAUUCUGAUAUGUUUGGACAUGAGUAAAUAAUUAUAUAUGCAUAUUAGGUUUUACUUAAAAUGGACAUAUAAUAAAAUGUUCAUUUAAUUAUCUUAAGUAAUGCAAUAAUUAGAAAAAUAAUAUAAAAUCAAAUUAAUAGCUAAAGAUCCAAGUAUUAGAAAUUCCAAUCAAUUUUUGAAUGCCAUCUAUGAUCACAUAGAGGAAAAACCUUUACGUGAAAAAACCAUAAUACAAUCUCAAUCCAAAUAGACAAUUGAUUAAAUUUUGCCUAAUCUCAGUCCAGAAUCUACUUAAAAAGUAUCUUAAUUAAUCAAUUAAGAUAUAUUCUUAUAAUAGUUUUUUAGCCUAAAAGAUUUAGCUUCACUAGUGGACAAUCAGAGCCAAAACCUAAACGAUUCGGGUGUGAUCAAACUAAUAUAAAUUGAAGGCUAUGAUGUAGCUCAUUGCGAAUUGAGAUCUUCUACCAAACAUUUAUUUAGAGUAAUACAGGAUAUAAUAAUUGAAUGCAGAACUGUAAAAGAAUCCAGUGUUCAAGCUAAGAGUCUAGCCAAGAAGUAUCACAUUUAAGAGAUCAUUGAUAAACAUAUGUCAUCAUACGAGUAUAAAUUCAAGGAAUGGAAGAAAGAAGUCAUCGAAAAUAAAAUAAAAUAAAUAGAACACCAAUUUGAUGAGAUAUCAGAGGCUCCAACAACUCCAGAAGUGAAACUGAAAUCAAGUAAUGUAACAAACAGUACUCAUGUAACAUCUUAACCAUCAAAAUUAACCUUUCAUAGUCAAUUGACAAAAGAAUCUACUUUGCUAACUCCAACUUCAAAUAAUCUAAGAAGAUAUUUAAACACAGUCGAAUCUCAAAUUCCCCAUAAAAAAUCUCAAAUUCCCAAAGAACCCAUCUUUGCUCAUCUGCAUCAAUAGAGUAGGAAGAUAAUAAAUGAAAAGAUUUCAACUUAAACUCAUCUACGGACUUUUACUCUCUAAAGUAUAGAUUCUACAAGAUAGCAAAGUCAACAAACUAUCCCUCUCAAAUUAUUACCUUCAAUCCCUAUAUUGAGUUUUUCAUAAAAUCUCUUAAAGUAACCAUCAAACAAGGUUAUUUGCAGAUAACAAAGAAAAAGUCAAGUUAUUAAAAAUGAACCUACUCCAAAAUAAGAUAUUAAAUAAAUAAAGAACUUUUCAGAUGUAUAUGAGAAAUCAAAUAAAAAGAUAUAUGAAUUUUUUAGAAAUACAAGUACUAGUGCGAAAAUUAAAUGA